AUGUACAGACCCGAUCUCCGGAGCCCUCACCAGUUUCGACUGUUGGAGGCCAAGACCGGGUUUCUUCCAGGGUCCAAUGGAUCAGCCAGAAUCCGUAUGACCGAUGGAGGUGAGUGCAUUGUUAGUGUCAAGUCCAAAGUUGUUCAACGAGCUCAAGAAUCGAACUUGAUAGAGGUAGACGUGGACAUUUCAGGACUCAGAGACGAUUCCAAUUUGGUUACCAACAUCAAGUACAAUUUAACGACAUUAUUACUACAAAGUUUCCCCUUUAAAUGUCUUCAUUUGACUUCCAGAUACAGUUAUAAGCUCUACAUUGAUUGCAUAGUGAUCAGUCACGCGUCUUACCCUGUGACGUUGGUGUCGUUGACCACUUAUUUGGCGCUUAAGACUACCAGAUUGCCUCUUUUGGUAAGUGAAACCAACGACCAAGACAUCGAAGAACUCCCCACCUUCUCUGACGACUGGGACGAUUCCAAAUUGUUAGCACACAUGUCGGACAUACAGUUCCGACCUCCUAUUCUUAUUACCAUUGGUGUGGUGGGGUCCAAUAUCUUGUUGGACCCUUCGACCGAGGAAGAACAAGUGCUAGACAAUGCCAUCAUUGCUGGCUUUGCAGACGACGCUGUGACCACACCUAUCAUCAACAUGAACUUGGCUUACAACUCCAACAACACCCAGUUUAAAGGGUUGGACAAUAAGGCUAUAACUGAAAGCAUAGCCUUGUGUAAUAAAUACUGUGGGGCUCUCUUUAAGGCAUUGGAUGAUCUCAUCGACCAAGAUGAAGACGAUAUAGAUGGGUCAAUCUUUUAG